CCGGACCGAAUCCAAAUCCGAAUCCAUAUUCGGAUCCGGUUUUGACAAAUCGGAGACGGAUCUAAAAUACAUGCUCUGCUCUCUGCUUUCUAUAGAACCCAACGCAGUUUGCUUAUUGAUAGUAGUGCCUACCGCCACAACCACCAUCUGAAGCUGCAACAACACCUUUCCGCACUCUUCUCCAGCUGCAAUGGCUGAUGAGGAACCUGUUGAUCAGAAGAAAUAUCUUGAAGAGUCUUGCAAACCAAAAUGUGUAAAAGCAUUGCUUGAAUAUCAGGCAUGUGUCAAAAGGAUCCAAGGUGAUGAAACCGGGAACAAACACUGCACUGGACAAUAUUUUGAUUAUUGGUCUUGUAUAGACAAAUGUGUUGCACAAAAGCUAUUCUCCAAACUGAAGUAAUGGGGGAUAAAUCUAUGGUAUAUCGUCAUUGCAUUAUGUUCUAUUGUCAUUCCUACACAACUGAUCUCACACAAUUGAUUUUGUGACCAAACUAUAUGGCAUGUAUGGUUACGUGGAUACUGCGAAAUUUUGAGCUCUUCUUGUUGUUGACCUUUGAUAAUGAUCAAUAAUAAGAACUUUGCCAAAUCAUGACUCAGGAUGUAUUCUGAAACCGAUCUGACAUUUUUAGCAAGUUGUAAACUGUGAUUUGAAGUGUGGUUCUUUUAAAUUUUUCUGGUUCAAGUGUUGCAGCUGAAUAAUGCAAAAUCAGAGG